AUGAAUCGAUCUAUUCAUAUUAAUAAUAAUCAUAUUGUAAAUAAUUCUAUAACUCGACAACAACAACAGCAGCAGCACCUUAAUCAUUCACGUCAAGAACAAAUACAACAAAAUGAUCCACUCACAUCAUCAUCCACCAUUUUACAUCAACAUCAUGAAGCAUAUGUCACUUGUUCGAGUAAAACAUCAUUCUCAGUUGAAAACACUAACUAUUCACUAGAUGAAAACUAUGAUUGUAUAUAUUCUCAGAAAUGUUUUAAAUCUCCACCAAUUGCCACCACAUCAUCACCACCAUCGGACAAUAUUUAUUUUUCUAACAAACUUUUAUAUUUAACUUCAAAUGAUAUCAAAUUACGACAAAAAGAUAAGACAUGUUCAACAAAUAAUAUAGCGUACGAUUCAUCGGAUUAUUCAUAUUUAUCAAAUGAUAAUGAUAUUAAUCGUUCAACGAAUGAUGAUUAUUAUUCACCCUCGACAGGAACAGUAGCUAUAAGAACGCCAUCAUCGUUACUCGAUGAUCAGACCACUCUCUAUUAUAAUGAUUAUCCGAGUAUAACAUCAAAUACUUACAAUCAAUUUUCAAUUGAUACUAAUCCAAAUUCGUCAUGGUUAACAUCCAACGAAUCUAACUAUCCCAUACAAUCAUUUGAACAGCAAUGUGGUUAUACAGCAACAACACCUACAACAUGUGAUAAUUACAUUAAUACGCCAAAAGUUUAUAAUACGACCGAUACAAAUAGCUCAAAUAACAAAGAUAAUCAUAAUCCUGAUUCUUUGUCGUCGUCAUCAGCGCAUAGUGACCAAUAUACGAUACAAGAACCGCCAAGGGACAGAAUAAGUCCAAAUCAAGUACUACUACAACAACACAUUAGUGAAACACGAUACAAAUGGAUGCAAGUCAAACGAAAUCCAGCUAAAACAGCAGGUAAACCAACUGAUUACAAUUAUCAAACACCAAAUACCAUUAAUAAUCUUAAUUCAAAUGCUGGACGAACAAAUUUUACGAAUAAACAAUUAACAGAAUUAGAAAAAGAAUUUCAUUUUAGUCGAUAUUUAACACGUGCAAGACGAAUUGAAAUUGCAGCAUCAUUAGGUUUAAAUGAAACACAAGUUAAAAUUUGGUUUCAAAAUCGACGAAUGAAAGCAAAAAAACGUUUACGUGAAAUUGAUGUACUGACAUUUGAAUCAAUAUAA